AUGAGUUUUGCACCUGCGAGGCGGUCACUCGGCUGCCUAAAGUCUUGUUUCCGGCAAGCGAGACAGCAGAAGACGGCUCAGCGCAGCCUGGCCACGACGGCCGAAGCCCCUUCAUCAAACGAAACCGCAAUCACGCAGAGGCAACGAGCAUUGCGCGAAAAGGUCGGCAACUUUCAAGUGUGGCCUCAGAUUCCCUCUGUUCGAUCGACAAACCCCGAUCCCAUGCCCGUCCUGCGCCAGCAACAAAUCACGGCAUUGGACCCUACCGGCGCCAGAUCGCGUUUGUUUUCCAAGGAACAUGCCGACAGCGCCAAGGUUGGCGAUGUUCUCAUGGUGACAACGAAAUCCGGGGAGCCUUUCUCAGGCGCAUUUAUCCAAAUUCGCCGUCGCGGCGUCGACACCGCCAUCCUGCUGCGAGGUCAAAUGAUGAAGACGGGGGUGGAGAUGUGGUUCAAGAUCUACAGCCCCUCCGUCACAGGCAUCGACAUCAUAUGGCGCCGACCGAAGAGAGCAAGGAGAGCAAGGCUGACGUACAUGCGCCAGCCUAAGCAUGACAUGGGCGGUGUUGACGAGCUCGUGUCUGCGUGGAGGAAGGAGAGAUAUGCUCUGCGCUCAAAGUCGAAGCAGACGGGCGCAAAGAAGGCCGGAAAAUAA